AUGGAUUCUAAACCACUGGACUGCAGGAAAGUCCCUCCAUUAUCUUUCUGGAAGACCCAGUUUAAGUGCUCCCUCUUCCAGGAAGCCUUUCCCCACCCUCUCGCUACCAACCAAUCCACACACAUUCACACCCUUGCGGAACAUCCUCUUGCCUGUACUCCUCUGACAAGUACUAUUGGACUACCUUUUGGUCUUUACUUCAUGCCUCCAUCUAUUGCUAUAUUGCCUAUAUUUAUUCCCUCUUCCCGAGAUCAAGGAUCAGGUCAACUAUUUUUACCCCCAGAAAUUAGAACUAAAAAGUACCCAAUAAUAUUGUUGGACUAA